AUGUCCAUCACCGCCUCGGGGCUCCGGGGGCGUUUUCUGGGAUCCCGGAGCCCGGCGCUCUUGUCUUUUCUCGGCAGCGGCCCUUUCCUGUUUGCUACCCAGUUAUGCUGCGAGGAUCUCGGCCAGGGUUCAGGCCAGGCCAAGGCCCCUGCGGUGGCGAAGGGUCCAGUCUCCUGCCUCCCGCGGAACGUGCUCAGCGAGAGGGAGCGCAGGAAGCGGAUCUCCUUGAGCUGUGAGCGCCUGCGGGCCCUGCUGCCCCAGUUCGACGGCCGGCUGGAGGACAUGGCCUCGGUCCUGGAGAUGUCGGUGCAGUUCCUCCAGCUCGCCAGCGCCCUGGUGCCUGGCUGGGAGAAGCAGGCUGAGACGUGGCACACGCGGCAGAAGGACGUGUUGCAGCUGGCCCUGGCGAGUCAGACCCCAGCAGGUGCCCCGGACCCCGGCGUGGGAACGUCCAGCGUGACCAUGCAGUGGGCCUCCCCGAGCUGUGCCGCUGCGGGUGUGGACGAUGAGCCGCCCAGCCUGGUCCCCCGGUCUCCAGGCCUGAGUCCCUCCAAGGCGCUGAGGCCGCCCCCGCUGUGGUCUCCCCGCUCGCGGCAGCCACCCUCGCCGCUGGUGAGCGAAGAGUCUCAGAGCUGCUUGGGCCAGGCUGGGUCCCCAGCUCAAGGGACUGACAAGGCCAUAACGCUGGAUGCCAGGUCUGUGUCGGGAUGUGAUGCCGAAGACGGGUCGUCCUUUCUGUUGACUGCGAGUCCCGACUGGUGGCUGGGGUCCCUGGAGGGCAGAGGCAGUAGUGUCCCUUCUCGGGUCCCCGCCAGGAGCAGCCCGCUGGACAAGGCAGAGCCCAGCUUCCUGGGCGACCAUGAGCCCGGCUCCCAGGAUCCCCCAGACGGGCCCCUGGAGCCAUGGAGCUCAGACGUGAGCUGCCCCAGCUCGGCCCUGCGGGACGAGGUAGACAGCAUCUUCCCCGACUUUUUUGCUUACUGAGGGCCGGGUCGUGCCAGGCCGCGGGGCACGGGGCCUUUGCAGCAGCCCGUGCCGCACGCUUGG